CUCCAUACUGAGGAAUGAUUCAAUCAUUGUUUACAUUUUAACGAUAAAGUCAAUUGCUACAAAAUAAUAUAUAUAAAGAGAGAGACGUGUAUACAAUUACAUUACAUUAUUCGAUUAUAUUUAUGUUAAAAGUAUACUUUAGAAAAAGCAUCUAGCUGAAACUUCUUGGUCCCCAUUAACAGCUCAUUGUUUGAUCCUUAUUUUCGUUUCCACCAUCGUUUGCUUUCAAUAGAAGUUUCUUGAUUUAAAUGAAUCUACAAACAUUACCACAAACGUUUUAAUUCUACAAUCUCUCUGAUUUUCCAUCUGUAGUUUGUAUAUUAAAAAUUCAUCGGUGGUGUCGUUCCGUUGGUGGAUGGCGGUGUCAGAAGAAGGGUUCCCCGCAAGAAAACGGCGGCCGUCUGCCGGAGCAUUUGUCUCGCCCAAUUUCUCAGAUAACAAGCUCCUCCAGUCUCUGUUUCUUCUCUCUCAGGAAAUCUCAUCUCUCUCACCACUCAGAAUUCUCCUCAAGAAAAGCUCAUCCUCAAUAACCAGAAAAUCAAGGCUCCUCUCAAUCUUUUUCGAAGAGCUUCUUCGCAACCCGGUAAAUGUUUUUCCACCCUCAGCUGUCUUGUGCUUCGAAGAAUUGUACAUAGUUUUGCAAAGAUUAAAAAUUCUCCUGGAAGAUUGUUCCAGCUGUAGUAAGGUGUGGCUUCUAAUGCAAACACCAUCUAUCUCGAAUUCUUUUCAUCAACUGACCGGAGAAUUAUCGACCCUUUUAGAUAUUUUCCCGGGAAAGGAGUUGAAUUUAAACGAAGAUGUUGAAGAGUUAUUGAAUCUGAUCAAGAAACAGUGCUCAGAAAAGGAAUCUGAUUUUGAUUCUAAUGACGAAAAUCUUCGAGUUCAGGUUUUGAAAAUGCUCGACGAUAUUAAAAGAGAAAUCGUUCCUGAUACUUCGAAACUUUCACAGAUUUUCGACAGAUUGAAGUUAAACAAUUCAACAAGUUGCAGUGCAGAAAUUGAGAAUUUAGAAGAUGAAGUGCAGACUCAAAACGAUGACAGGUCAAAAUCCGAUAUAGUCGCGUUGAUCGGGCUUGUGCGCUAUGGAAAGUGUGUGCUAUAUGGUGCCUCGACGCCAAGAACCACCAGCAGACGGCGGAGAUCGUCGGUGGAUGUGAAUUUUCCGGCGGAUUUUCGCUGUCCUAUUUCUCUUGAUCUGAUGAGGGACCCUGUGGUGGUGUCCACGGGACAAACUUACGACCGGUCGUCUAUAAGCUUGUGGAUCGAAUCAGGACAUAACACGUGCCCUAAAACAGGUCAGAUCCUGGCCCACACGCAGUUAAUACCCAAUCUGGCGUUGAAGAAUUUGAUAGUUAUGUGGUGCCGCAACCAGAGAAUCCCAUUUGAGUCAACAGAAACGAAUAUCAAAUUUAACGGCGUUGUAUUGAACAAAACCGCGUUGGAAGCCACCAAGAUGACGGUGACGUUUUUGCUUAACAAAUUAACGGCGUCACAAUCGCCAGUAGCAUUAAACCGUAUGGUUCAUGAGCUACGGAUACUGGCCAAGACUGAUUCGGAUAGUCGGGCCUGCAUUGUGGAGGCUGGAGCUUUGCCUUUAUUGGUCAAAAUCUUAGGUUCGGAACACCCAAACCUACAAAUUAACGCCGUCACGACUAUUCUUAACCUCUCGAUCCUCGAAGCCAAUAAGUCGAGGGUAAUGGAGACGGAUGGAGUUUUAAACGGUGUUAUCGAGGUAUUGAGGUCGGGUGCCACAUGGGAGGCAAAGGGAAAUGCGGCAGCCACGAUAUUUAGCUUGACAGGUGUACAUGCUUAUAGGAAAAGACUAGGUCGAAAGACACGUGUCGUGAAGGGAUUACUCGAUCUAGCGAGGGAGGGUCCCACAAACACGAAAAUGGAUGCAAUUGUGGCAAUUUUAAAUUUGGCGGGAGACAGGGAGGCAGUAGGGAAGUUAAUUGAGGGAGGGGUGGUGGAUAUGGUUGCCGAGGUCAUUGAUUCCCUGACAGAGGAGGCGGUGACCAUCCUCGAAAUGGUGGUGAAACGGGGUGGAUUAGCGGCAGUCGCGGCUGCUUAUCACCAGAAUAUGACGAAAAAAUUGGUCUGUGUGUUGAGGGAUGGUAGCAACAGAGCUAAAGAAAGUGCUGCGGCUACACUAGUGAAUUUAUGCCGGAAAGGCGGGUUGGAGUUAGUGUCGGAGCUGGCCUCAAUCGCUGGAAUCGAGAGUGUGGUGUGGGAAAUAAUGGGAAUGGGAACAGGGAGAGCAAAAAGAAAGGCCGGGACAUUGAUGAGAAUUUUAAGGAGAUGGGCAGCUGGACAAAUUGAAGAUCAUGUUAACGUUGGACAAUCUACAACUGUGACUAUGAAUUCAACCAGGAUAAUAUUGCCAGGAUAACAUUCAUUUGUUCACAUGUUUUUGUUUUUUGGUUGGUUUCGGCAAACCAAACCAUGUUUCUGCCAAACAAUUGUAAAUUUGGACCAAUAUCUACAAACUUAAAUCUUCAGCUAUUGUUGGUGUAAAAUAAUAAGUGUACGAUAUCAAUUAAACUAGUAAAAUGAACCUAAAUAGUGCGGA